GGCGACACUGCGCAGGAGCGUCCUCAAGCUCUGAGAGAAGCAACCUCUGAGUCUGAAGCCUCGGAAGGAGCCAUGGUGAAAGCGGCAAAGAGAAAAGUCUCCGAAACUGGAUAUAGGCCAUGCAAGAGGCAGAGGGUCUCUGAGCUGGACGACAGAGACGAGGACACUUCAUCCUCAAAGGGGACUGCUGAACCUAAGAAAAGAGGCACCAAGGAAUCCAGCGCCGUGAAAGCCAGCAGGCAGGAUUUUGAGUCUAAAUACCAACAGCUGAACGUGGUUGGUGAAGGAGGCCACGGAUCUGUCUAUGCUGGUUACAGGAGAGCAGAUAAUCUCCCUGUGGCGAUAAAACACAUUCCCAGGAACAAUGUCCUCUGUAAAGACAUCUCUAAGAAGACAAGGCUGCUCCCUCUUGAGGUGGCUGUCAUGAAAAAGCUAGCACGCGGCGCAGGCGGGAAAUCCGCAGCCAUCGCCCUGCUGGAUUAUUAUGAUCUGGACGAGAAGCUCAUCCUGAUCCUGGAACGUCCAGACCCCUGCGCCGACCUCUUUCAGUACAUUGAAGACAAAGGAGGGUCUCUGCCUGAGGAAGAGGCCAGGCUGGUCCUGAAGCAGCUGGUAGAGGCAGGCGUGGAGCUCGAAGAGAAAAACAUUUUCCACCGAGACAUUAAGCUGGAGAACAUUUUAAUGGCAACCGGUAGCGUUGUCCCACGCUUGAGACUGAUUGAUUUUGGCCUCAGCUGCUUCACAAAGAAGACGUCGCUGUUCACGAUCUUCUGUGGUACCGUUGCCCACAUUCUGCCAGAAUGGUACCAACGCCACACAUACAGGGCUGGCCCAUCGACAGUAUGGCAAGUGGGGGUUGUUCUGUACGAGAUGCUGCACACUCACAAUCGGUUCGAGACGAGAAAGUUCCUGAGGAACAAAGUUCGCAUCAGCAAGGAGCUGUCGCACGACUGCCGGGACGUUUUGCGUCAGUGCUUGGCUAUUGACCCGCUGCGUCGACCCUCACUGGAGCAGCUCCGGCUUCACCCGUGGCUUAACUGAGACAACUUUAUCUCCCUCU